GGAAAAUAUUUUUAAAUGUGAGAGAUUCUUCAUUCAAUCUGAUAUAAUCGAUCGUCGUAAACCUUACGCUGAAUAUUAUUAGGACAAUUCAGGAUUCUUAAUUCAAGAUAGCAAUGAAUAAACAGGUAAGAAGAAUCGACACUUCUAAGAAAACAAAAUGUUCGUGUCUGACAAACACCGUGUCUAGUAAAAUUGGUCGACUUGGUGUAAUAAUUAGUCGAUAUCCCCUUUAUUUUGUCAUUGCUCCUGUUAUUCUCUCUGCUUUAUUAUCAAUUGGGCUGAUUGGAAUUCAAACCAACGACGACACCGAUUCUCUCUUUGGUGCAGACAGAGGUAAAGUUUUUGAUGCCAAACAGUUUAUACAUAAGACAUUCCAUACCAAUUCGGAUAGUUUCGAUUUUUUACGACUUACUAAACGACCGCUUUUUCCAAUGAUCUACAUAGUAAAUGACAGAGAAAGCAACAUUUUACGCAAAGAAUUUUUAGACGAAAUACAAAUUGUAGACAAGGUUGUAAAAAAUACCACAGCUUCUGUAGAUGGAAAGAUUAUUGGUUACUCUGACGUCUGCCAGAUUGUAGAUGGCAAGUGUUUAGAAAAUACUCUUAUUGAUCUGCUAAACGACUCCGAAAAUGUUAUCCAUAAAAUAUUAAAGAUGAAGUAUCCCGUUAAUAUAAAUUCUGUAACAUACGCGUACAAAAUCCUUUGUCUGAAUUUAGGAGGGGUGAAGACAGACGACAAAGGAUACAUAAAGGAAGCAAAAGCCGUUCGUUUAUUGUAUGAACUAGAUGAGUCGAAUGCAAAUAAGAAAAAGUGGAAUGAAGAAUGGACAAAGGCAGUUUACAACAAGUUAAGAGAUUAUACUUUCGAGCAUAUUAAAACAUUUCCAGAACCAUUCUUUUCUACUGAUUUUCAACUAAAACGCAUUUCACAGAAAUUAGUGUCUUUGAUAAGCGUGGCUGCACUCGCAGUGGCCAUUUUCUGCGUGUCGACGAACAUGACUAACAAUUGGGUGAAGUCCAAACCCUGGUUAGGCGUAGCUAGUGUCGUAUCCGCCAGUCUGGCUGUUGCCACGACGUUUGGUUUAUUAUCUACCUGUGGAGUAGAAAAUCUUCAGUGGAACGUCAGUCUUCCUUUCAUUAUUCUUGCUACGGAAGUGGACGACUCGUUUGUCGUAUUGGCUUGCUGGAAGGCAACAGAUUGCGGUGACAGCGUAGAAAAGCGAAUGGAACAGACGUAUCGCAACUCAGCAGUGUCCAUCACCAUAACGUCUCUAACGAAUUUCAUCUCCUAUUGCAUUGCUAUGACGUCACCAUUUCCGGGUGUAAGAAUAUUCUGUUUGUAUGCCGCAACGUGCAUCUUCUUCAGUUAUUUCUUUCAGUUGUUUUUCUUCGGCGGAUGUUUAGCAUUAAGUGGAUACAGAGAAGAGAAGGGUCUUCAUCCUUUCACAUUUAAACCAACUUUUGAAACUAUUAGACAAAGUGACUAUUACAAACAAGAAAAUGAAGACUGUUUUACGAAGUUCUUCAGAUAUACAUUUUCAGCUUUUAUUUUUCAUUCUGUAUCACGGGUAUUUAUUAUUUUAUUGUAUUUUAUAUUAUUGUCAAUAGGUAUAUGGGGUGUUAUGUCCUUACAGGAAGGACUGAAUGUUUAUAAAUUGAAUUCAGAAACAUCUGAAAUUACACGGGGAUUUCACGUUUUCUACAAAUAUUUUACCCAAUACCCUUUCACGGUGCACGUCGUAAUUAACGAAACGUUAGAUUAUUCUAAUCCACGAGUUCAAGAGUCAGUUGAAAAUUUUAUGCAUAAAUUUCACACUAUUGAAAAUAUAGCCGGACAGGAGUACGAAUUUUCUUGGUUAAAAUACUAUAAAAUAUUUCAAAAUCAUUCUAUUUCGAAGUAUUCCUUGAGAGGUUACGAUCUCACUCAGAAGCAGGAUUUUAUGGAUGCACUUAGAAACGUCUUCUUGAAAAUCAUAGGAGCCAAGCAGUUUAACAAUGACAUCAUUUAUAAUCACAAUUACACUGAUAUUGUGGCCAGUCGCUUUUUAUUCUUAGCGAAAGAUGUUUCGGAUAGAGUAACCGAAUUCAAAAUAGUAAACGAUUUAUCGAAAAUAGCCGAAGAAGCGCCAUUUAACGUUGUAAUCCAUACAAUGAUAUCACCUAUGGCAGAGCAAGGAAUCGUUAUCAGACAGAUAACGUUCCAAUUGUUCUGGAUAACUUCUUUGUUAAUCUUCGGCAUUUUCGUUUUAUUAAUACCUAAUUUGCAUUGCGCUCUUAUUGUCGCUAUCUGUGUCGGGUCCAUCACCGCACAGACGAUCGGCUUUAUGUCUUUAUGGGAAAUCAAUCUGGACAUCGUGUCUUUAAUGUGCCUGAUUCUCUGCAUCGGGUUUUCCGUUAAUUAUCCCACUCACAUAUGCUAUUGUUUCAUUACUUCACCACAAGUAACGACUGAAGAAAAGUUAAAGGAUAGUUUACGUUACGUAGGUUUUCCGUUAAUUCAAGGGGCAAUAUCUACUGGAUUAGUAUUGUUAAUCAUCAACUAUUAUAAUAUAUUUGUAUACACUAGUUUCGUUAAAAUCAUUUUCGUAAUUGUACUGCAAACAACAUUUCACGCAUUAUUAGUUAUUCCUAUACUAAUCUCGAUAACUUCGUUAUUUACAAGAGGAUGUGAAGAAAGCAGAGCAUCUAUAUUCUGUGGGUGCAUGUAGAUGUUACUAUUAAUAAAUGUACGCUAAUGUAAUUUUUUGGUAUAUUUAAUUAUUGUGAAUGGGUAUAUAGUAACGAAAACAAACAGUUCUCGUAGUUGCUUUGAUGCUUUAAAGUAUGACAGAUGUUUAAACACGCUUCUGUAAUCUAGAAAAACGUUUCGUUAUAUUUAACGAUAAAAAAUGAGCAACCUUUGUUUUUUGGUUUAUUCAAUACUGAAUU